AACGUAGGUCGCACCUUGUCCUCCGUGGCUCCACAUCGACAACACAGAGCGGAGAGAAGCAGCAUCCAAACGAUGAAGACAGCCAGAACGGUACCUGAACAUUUUGAGAUUUGGUAACGUAUACGCGUGUAUACGUAUGUAUAUAAGAAGAUUGAACGAUACGUUUUUUUCUCCUCAAGACUCCCGAUAUCGAGGCCGCGUGACACACGACUUCGAAUAAAUAAAUAUAACAAAAUAUACCUAGAAGAAUCGUCGCGAAGGUCUCGAAGGUGCAGAAUGAACGAGAAGCGGCAGCAGCAGCAGCAGAAAGAAGGUGAAAGAAAAGGGAGAGCGAAGAAAACCGAGGAGUCCUCAUCUCGGAUGGUCUUGGAGAAAAAUUUGACGAGUUUACAUCGAGAUGUGCAGGCGGACCGAGACCGUGCAGCGUUUCCUGUAAUUAUAAACUCGGGCGAAUCGAACCUCCGACCCCGUAAACACUUAAUGGGAUUCCAAAAGCCAUUCGGGAAUCGGGGGCUCAUCCGUAUUCGGAGGAUUCUGGCCGCGGACGAUAUCGAGUCGAUUCGACGGAACAAUCGGGAUCUAACACCCCUAUUAAUCGACCACCGGUUUUCCGACGUGUCCUAAGGCCCAAAACGACACCCUUCCAGGGCGAGAGCCGCGGGCAGCGAGGAGUCGAUCAGCGGUAUACGGGAAUAUUCGUGCCUGACCGCGCUUCGAAACGCCGCUAGCAGUUGAGUCAGUGCGCUUUCAGCCUUCGCACCGUCGCGACGCUCGCUCCUCAUUCGGCAGCGACGCCUCGCAACGCGACGCGACGCAAAGCGCCGGAUGAAUUUCGGGCGGCCGAUCGGCGCUCCGCGGAUCCUGUAACUCUUUGUUCGCGAGUUCGGUGAUCGAGUGCGCGAGAUCUUUUUUUCCUUUACUCUCUUCCUCCGAUUUAUCAAUUUCUGUAAAUCUAUGUGUACGCAAUUAAGUACUCGGCGUUUGUGACUUGGGGAAGUUAUAGUGAAGAUCGAAAUUUUGUUAAACAAAAAAGAGAGGAAAAGAAAACAUCGAGCUUGUUUCUUGAAACUGCUGAGUUCGAUCAAGUUUACCACACGCGCAAAGUGCUUCUUGUUUGUUUUUGGUUUUGUUUUCUUUUUUAUUCUUCGGCUCGAAGGACCAGCAACCAGACGAUCCUCGCGUGUUAGGAGGUUUCAACGGAUCUCUCGUCGGCCACGUCCCUAACCCAGUUUUGGUGUUUGAACACAGGAUGGGAAGCGAGGCCGGAUCAACGGAACUCUGGAGCUGCCUGAGCUGCCGGAGCUGAACUACUUAUCGGCAGCGAUGCAAAGUCUUAAGGAUUUCCUCGAGGCCUCGUUGCUGCGGAGGCCAACUCACGGCCGACGCUCCUCUUAGCGAUAAUAAUCUGACAAUCUGCCGGCCCGAGGAGCUCCGCCUAACCAUGCUCGAGCACAAGCAGACUAUCCUCAUGCCCCCUGCCCUGAGCAACAGCAGCUGCUGGCGUAGCGGUCCCAUCACAUCGUGGUCUGGACCAGGUCCCGGAGAGCUUGUACGGGCCGCUCUCAUCCUCGCUCUCAGCCUCGGCAUCCUUUGCGCGAAUCUACUCGUCAUAUGUGUCAUCAACAGCCGGAGGUACAGCAAGUACAUUCACGCUCAGCCGAGAUACCUGCUCACGAGUUUGGCAAGCAACGACCUUGCCAUCGGUCUCCUUGUUACACCCUUUGGAUUUUUGCCCGCCGUUUACGGAUGCUGGCCCUACGGUGAAGUCACUUGUCAAAUACAGGCACUUUUGAGAGGAGCCUUGACACAGCAGAGCGCGGUAAUCCUGGUGUGCAUGGCGAUCGACCGUUACAUGUGCAUGCUGCAUCCUCAUCACUACCACAGGCACUCGUCAAAGAAGUAUUACAUGCGGCAGGGUUGCGUUGCAGUGAUGUCGACGACCUGGAUAGCCAGCGUUGCGGUCUUCGGUGCCCUCGUUCUUCCCAGAGGAGGCUACUACUUCAACGGCUCCGGUCUUCUCGCCUGCGAUCCAUUUUUCGCCAGGGCAUCCCUCAGGAUAUUGGCCUGCUGUUGUUUCUACUUUCCGACGACGAUGGUACUGAUGUACUGUUACGGUUCGGCGUUUCACGUCAACAAGCUGCGACUGAAGAGGGUCGUAUGCGUAAACGCACCGGAAGUCGUCAGCGGCGGUCACAUCGAAAGGCUGGUAGCUCACGAAAGACGAUUGUCCACCUCGGCUUCCCGGACAAUGGCCGCGAUGAGUUUGGGUUUCAUUGUGAUGGUUACUCCGUGGACAAUUCAGGAAGUGGUAGCGGCUUGUACAGGAAGCAAACCGCCCCCCUUCCUAGAUUUCCUAGCCACAUGGCUCGCCCUUUCCAACAGCUUCUGGAACCCCUUUCUCUACUGGCUGUUGAACAAUCACUUCCGACGCAUCUCCAAGGAGCUUCUAUACACUAAGAUCUUAUGCAGACCAAAGCCCCUCGGUCCCAAGCAACACUGUUGUGCAACAAGUACAGGGGGACUGGACAUCUGUAGUAUCGGUGGCUUAGAUCUGUCUGGCAUGGAACGAUGCUCGAUGGAGAGGUGUUCAAUGGGGCGAUGUUCCUCCCUCUCUUUGGCGACGACGCCGCCGCCUCUUCCUUGGGAAACGGGACCGUCUUGCGUCGGCGUCGGCGUCGCUGGUGGAAGAGAAAGCCCGACGUGAGUGCGGAGUGUCGCCACGCAGACGGAGGACGAGCCAUCCUCCCCUGAUCACUGCAGUUAGUACUGCGUGGCGGCGCGACUUAUCGAUAAUUACUGCACUCGCCAUCCUCAUCCUCAUUCUCAUCCUCAUCCUCAUCCUCAUCCUCAUCCUCAUCCUCAUCCUCAUCCUCAUCCUCAUCCUCAUCCUCAUCCUCAUCCUCAUCCUCAUCCUCACCUUCGUCUUCGCCGCUGCCGGAUCGAAAGCUUACCCGACUUGCUGACGCGAUUAGUAAUCAAAAUUCAGUUUUGCCGGAAGUUUGAAGAAGAAGAAUUCUUCAAAUUUAGUAGGGAAAAUAUAACUGUAAUAUAGACAUGAAAUUCAGGAAUUAACAGCUCACUGACUUCAUUCAUUCGAUAAUAUCAUGCCAAAUUUUAUACCCAUUUACUUUCUUUUUUUUUUGCUAUAUUCUCAGCAACUUUCGAAGAAACGUUUGUUUAUUUAGUUAUUUGCUUUUGUGAAAGCCUGAAUAUGAUUAUACAUUUGUGUCAUAUUUGCCGAACAAAAAAAAAUGAUGCGUGAAAAUUAGCACUAGCUACGUAUAUAAAUCGCGUUUUAUAUAAAUAUAUUAUAUGUAAUACUACGAUAAACAAUGUUAUAUAAAAUAGUAACGGUUGCCAAUUUCGAAGCGAUAAUAAAUUAUUGAAUAUAUUCGAUAUGACGUAUACAUUAUGUAAAUAAUAAUAUAUAACGGAACAUAUAAAAGUACGUAUUAUGUAAAAAAUCAAUCAAAGUAUGUAUAUGUAAAAACUCUAGUUGUAUACGUUCACUCGUACAUACAUAUACUGGAAAUUCAAUUUCGAAAGUUUUCAAUUACGAUUAUUAUUUACAAUUUGAAUUAUCGUACCUAUAAAUAUUGGUUCAGAAUCUCACGGUGUGUGAGAAAAAGUUAACGCUGGGUCGAAUUGUGCUUCGAGGCGGGAAAACAAGGGAGAAUGAAAACAAAUUGAUAAUUAGAUAAUGGACCAAAUGGACUGCGUGAUUAUUUGUAAUCUCAUAGUCGCGUUAUAAAUUUUAUUUUCGUUUUUCAUUAUAUAAUUAUACGUGUAAUAUAUACCUCUGAUCUCGCAUGGCGUAGGAAAAUUACUAAGAUAAUGUGUUUUUAUUAUUGAAAUACUUGUAUCGUUCCUCAAGACACAAGAGAGAGAGAGAGAGAGGGAGGGAAAAAAAAUGUGUUCAUUAAACGUAUUUUAAUUUAAUAUUCAAAGUGUCUUGAACAGUUUUAGACUUUUUGCCAGAAUUAAAAUGAUCAAGAACUGCCACGUACUUUCAGAAAUUACGUUACUUACGAAUUAUCCCUCUUCUCAGCACAUUUCCGCAUAAUCACUUAUCGCACUUACUUUUGUUCGUCGGUCGUAAAUUAUUACAUUACUGAUGAAUUAAUGAAUCAAUUUCACCAAGGCACUUGUGAAAUCGGAUAAUGAUUCGGAAUUGUAUUAAAAUUGCGUAUAACUUUACGGCUCGGUUGAAAAUGAUUAGAUAUAAGUGUAUAAAAUAUAAUGUAUAAUUAAAAUCGUUAUCGGGAGUUGAUUAUCGCUGCAGAGAAUUAAAACCAUAUUAAAUUGAGCUGUGAAAUGUGUACGUGGAGAAAAUGAGACGGUGUAUUACGGUGUCUGCAGAUGCGGAAAUAAAUUCAUAAUCCUCGGAUAUUCAUUCUUCGUUGUUAUAUAUCAUGUGCAUAUAAAUACAUCUAUUUUACUUUUUUCGUAUUACUUGUCUAGGUAAAGAAAUAAAUAAAAAUCAACGUAAUCGCGAGUAAAUUGUAGCGAGCGAAAGAACGAGAUAAAUGAAUAAAUGUGAGAGAAUAAAAAAUAAUUAUACAACAUAAUGAUAAAAUAACGGUUGUAGAUAUAAAUUUGAAACUUUUGUUACAAAUUCGUACGUAGGUUCAUAUUGUCUUUAUAUUCGAAAUAUUGUUACGUGUACGGUGUUGCGCGUGUGCUGCAAGAGAAACCUGAAAUUUUCUAACCGAUAUAGGUAAUGCAAAAAACUUUGCCGGCGAUUACAUGAAAAAAAAAAAAUAAGAAGAACAAUUAAAUUUUAAUUAAACGCACAAGCAUAGAUCGGCGGAUAAUUUUUAGAUAGCAAUUAAUCCUAUAUAAUUAUAAUCUACAUAAUUCAACGUGUAAUAAUGUAAAACUUUCUCGUACACGCAUAAUAUAAUACGAAGCAAUUACCUUGUAUACAAGAUUCAUCCCAAAGACUCAAGCAAUAUCGAGGCGAAUUGACGUACAAUCGAUAUAAAUACAAUUUUACGAGACGAUCGAGAUUAUUUUCCGUCUCUCAAUUUUUAUUAAAAAAAAAAAAAAAAAAAGAAACGCACAACAAACCAUCGCAUGUUAUUGCAAUAACAUCU